AUGGCUAUUUCUGUUUUGGAAAUCACUCCCUCGCCGGAACAAAGUCCAUCGAGGAUACCAUCUCCUGCCGAAGUUGAGGAUGCAUGUUAUCAACCACUUCCUCCGCGGCGCUGGCACCAUCUUAUCCUCGACACCCUCACACCUAUGACUCUGAGAUUACGAUCUCAGCCUCAUCCUCAACCUACAUACGCCUCCGAUAAACCUCGAACUUCAUUCGCCAAGGCGAAAACAGAAUAUGUCGUCAUAGAGACUCCUAUAUCGUUAUCAGGACGGGAGCCAUUGCUUGCGAAAAGACCUGUUUCUGUUGUUGCGAUCAUCAGACUGGCAUGCGUACUCAUCCCUGUGAUAAUCUUGUGUCUCUUUGGUAUCUUACACAUAGUAUCCUGGCUGUUUGACGGAAAUACCUUGCUCGUGGUGACCGACUUGGCUUUCUUGCCAGACUGGGGGCAUGACGGAAGAAUCGGAGGUGCUCUAGCACAUUAUCCUACCGAUGCCACCCGAGAUGUUAUGCCAAUCCCUGUGCAUUCACACAACGACUACUGGAGGCGGAUACCUUUGUACGAAGCCCUACACUAUGGAUGCACGGGUGUUGAGGCAGAUGUCUGGCACAUUGGUGAUGAUCUGUUCGUGGGUCAUCACACAUCUUCCUUGACCCCGAAUCGCACAUUCACCAGCCUCUAUGUGGACCCCCUUAUCGAGCUGCUGGAUAAGCAGAACUCCCUGACUACUUUCGGUCAAACCAAAAACCAAGGAGUCUUUGAUGAGGACCCGGAUCAGACACUGGUUCUGCUUGUUGACAUGAAGACCCACGGUCCGGAUACCUUCCACAAGGUGGAAGAGCAACUCGAAGGUCUUCGCGCGAAAGGCUACCUGACCCACUUCAACGGUACUCAUACAAUUCCUGGAGCAAUCACCGUAGUCGGAACAGGAAACACACCCUUCGACACAUUGACAGAGAACUCAACCUACCGCGAUAUUUUCUACGAUGCCCCUUUGGCAAUGCUCUACGAGUCUUCUCCGCUAUCACUCUCCGACAUGAACGACAAUACCGACCUCAGCACAGAAGUCGACGACUACCACCCAUCCUCGGCAGGACAAGGCAAAACUGGCCUACCCGCAAACACACCAGCCUCCGCCUUCAAUAACAGAACAUCAUACUACGCCAGCAUCAACUUCAAAAAGUCCAUCGGCCGCGUCUGGCGCGGCAAGCUAUCAGACAAGCAGAUGAAGCUCAUCCGUGGGCAAAUCAGAGGAGCCAAGAAAGCAGGUCUCAAGGCCAGAUAUUGGAAUACGCCAAACUGGCCUGUCAGUCUGCGUAACCAUGUCUGGCAUGUUUUGGUGCAAGAGGGCGUUGGUAUGCUCAAUGCUGAUGAUCUUGAGGGUGCUGCGAUAGAGGAUUGGAGACGGUGGAAGCGUGAGUGGUAUGUGUGA